AUGGUAUCUGUGCUUCAGAUCGUUGUGAUACUGGCAUGGGCGUUCGCACAAGCCGAGUCCAAGGCAGUGUUUGCCCAUUUUAUGACAGGCAAUGCAGAGAACUACACAGCGGAGGACUGGCAAAAGGACAUCUCCCUCGCCAAGAAAGCUACCAUCGAUGCUUUCGCCCUGAACAUGGGCAUGAACGAUCUGCAUCCUGACUCGCUUUCUAAGGCAUUCUCCACGGCCAAAGACCAGGACUUCAAGCUCUUCUUCUCCUUCGACUAUGCCAGCAACGGCAGCUGGCCGCGGGAGCGCGUCACCGACCUAUUAAAGCAGUACAAGGACCACUCGGCUUACUACCAGCACAAGGCGCAGCCAUUCGUAUCAACCUUCGAGGGAUUCGACAAGGCCUCCGACUGGAAGAGCAUCAAGAAAGAAAUUGAUUGCUUCUUCGUCCCGGAUUGGAGCGCCGUCGAGCCUCACAAAGCCGCCCGUCACAGCGUUGUUGAUGGCCUGUUCAACUGGAAUGCUUGGCCCGAGGGCCCGCGCGCCAUCAACACCACCGUGGACGAAGACUUUUUGGAUGCGCUCGACGGCCGCAGCUACAUGAUGCCCGUGUCGCCCUGGUUCUACACAAAUCUGCCCGGCUUCGACAAGAACUGGGUCUGGCGCGGCGACAACCUCUGGCACGACCGGUGGCAGCAGGUGUUCCAGCUGCAGCCCGACUUCGUGCAGAUAAUUACCUGGAACGACUUUGGUGAAUCCCAUUAUAUUGGACCUCUGAAUGACGCCCGUUCCGUGGUUUUCGGGCCUGAGAAGGGUGACGCGCCGUUUGAUUACGCGAGAAAUAUGGAGCAUGAUGGCUGGCGCACGCUGUUGCCAUACCUCGUGAGCCAGUACAAGUCUCCCGAGAACAAGACAACGCUGGCUAUCGCUGAAGAGACCGUCGUUUCUUGGUAUCGGCUUCAUCCGGGCAAGGCCUGUCGCGCUGGUGGUACGAGGGGAAAUGCGCCGGACCAUAGGCAGAAGGAAUAUCCGGCGUCGGAGAUUCUCGAGGACCGCAUUUUCUACUCUGCGGUUUUGAAUUCCAAUGCGAAUUUGUCAGUGAAGGUUGGCGAUGACCCAUCGACUGCCCGGUGGGAGUCUGUCCCUGAGAAUGGUAAGGGUAUCUACCACGGGAGUGUUCCAUUUCAGAGCACCGGGCGCGUGGAGGUUGCUGUGACGCGGCACGGAAAAGAAGUGGCAACUAUGCGGGGCGAGCCGAUCACGUCGAAAUGCCCUGACAGUGACAAGGGACUGCAAAACUGGAAUGCAUGGGUGGGACAGUCAGGAUCUGCGAGUGUGCGUGUUCCUUGGGAAAUCUUCGCUGUUGCUGUUUUGCUGGUGAGCUUGGUGUAA